UUACUCAAUGCAAUCAAAUGAUUUCUACGUUGAUGUGUGGAUUGUUGGGUUACUCUGUCUGUUUGUGUCUAAUGUUUGACGGAUCAUGUUGACUCAGAUAAUAACUGAUAAUAUUUAUAAAACCAAAGACUCAGAUUAUAGUUUGAUGUUUCUUAUUAGACAUUUUUAUCAUGUAAGACCCACAUGUGUUAAAUAUUUAAAUAACACUGAAGCUGAAGGUUAGUAGUCGCUGUAUUGUGGUCAGUUCUGUAAUAUUUGUCCACUCAGCAGUAUUUUAUGGCUGUAUUAAUGUGUUUGUGAUGUGUGUCUGUAUCUGUCUCAUAACAGCUCUUAUUCUCAUCAGGUUCAGAUGCUGGAAUCUGCUGCUGCUUUGUCUCGUCUAUCACAGCGGAAACACAUCUAAACCUGUGUCAGGAAAAAAGGGAGGAAACGUCACACUAACAUGUGAACAUGAGGCCAAUAAUAUUGUUCACAUUGAGUUAUUCAGUCGGUCAGAAGACAUAGAUGUGUGUCAGGAUGAAGAAUGUAGUGUUCGAGUGUUUAAAGAAGGAAACUGUGACGUCGUCAUCAAGAAUCUGAGCUUCAGUGACGCUGGGAAAUACUACUUGAGAGUCUAUUACACUAAUGAUCAGACAGAGCUGAAGCGACUAAUCAGGACGUACCAACUUCAUAUUCAUGAUGAGAUUACUGUGAAAACAGGCGAGGAGCUAAAGAUGCAUGUUCUGUUGUCUAAUGCUGAUAAAGUGGAGAAAAGCUCUAGUGGAGAGUGGAGGGAGGUUUGGAGCAGAACUGAUGGGGUUCAGAGCGAUCGACUGAAUGAAAAUGAUGAAAACCUGAUCUUUAAAGUAUUUCUGAACAGAGAUGCAGGAAUAUACAGAGUUCUGGACACUGAAGGAGAAAUCUUGAUCACAGUGACAGUCACAGAAUCAGGUACAGAAUCAAAGGACAAACUGGACACAGAUAAAGACAAAACUGAAGACACUGAACAACACAAGAAAUGGAUUGUGCCAGUUGUGUGUUUGGUGAUUCUGGCUGUGAUUGUGAUUUCUGUCAUCAUAUGGCGCCGUCAGCACAGAGGUCACACACAGGUUCCAGCAGAGGAGAAUACAGAGCACAGACAGGAACUGGAGGAACUAUAAUGAUCUUCACUGAACGUGACUCAACUGCACAGGAGCCCUGAACACCUGCGACGCCACUGGUUACUUGUUAUUUCCCUUCAACACCAACACAAUUCUGUCAACAUAUAACGGCAGCUGGGGGGGAUAUGUAUCGUUAAAAAUAUUAUAGUAAUUGUUGUUUUAAUGAUGUGUGAGCUGACAUUAUUUUGUGAAAAAUAAGCCUUGAGAGUCCAUGCUUUCACUGCGUGAUGAAAUCUAGUAGAAUUCAGUUAGAAUUACUGGAGAUCAUCAUAGAUAAAGGUGAUCAACUUCAUGUUUAUUUGCACUGAUCGUUCAUUCUAAGACCAGCAGAAUAUGAAUAUGAUCCCACAGCAUAACAGAGCAACUGGAUCCCCUGAUAGAUCUGGAAGAAAGACCAUCUGCUCGUCGGUCCCUUCCCCCAUACUUCCCCCCUGGGUACAUGGUGCAGGUCGCUAAAAGUUGACAGAGAACUGCCAAGAACUC